AUGCCAGAACAAGAGCCAGUCGUCGUAACCGACUCAUCCUUCGCCCUCAACGGCCGCACCUGCUCCUACACCUUCCACGUCGACGUCCCCACCGGCGACCUGCGCUCCGACCACUUCGGCGCCCGUAUACGCGGCCCUAUCCCAGUUGACCCGGAGCCCAUCGUCGACGGGUGGACGGGGAUGCCGGACCGCGUGCGCCGCGAGUUCCCGGACCAGGGGCGCGGGGACUUUCGCGUGCCGGCGUGCAGAAUCACGCAGGGCGCGGGGCAUACGGUCUCGGCAUUCAAGUUUCGCGGGUGUGAAGUUGUCAGGGGGAAGCCGGAGGGGGAUGGAUUACCCGGGACUUUUGGGACAGCUGACGAUGCGACGACGCUGAUUGUUCGAUUGGACGAUGAGGUUUCUUGCCUGGAGGCUGAGCUGCGGUAUACCGUUUUCCCGGCGUACGAUGCUAUCGUGCGGUCUGCGAGGAUUGUCAAUAAGAGCGCUGGACAUGUUGCCGUUGAGCAGCUGGCUAGUCUGUGCGUGGACUUUCCGUAUGAGCACGGCGGGCUCGAGAUGGUUUCGCUGAGGGGCGACUGGGCGAGGGAGGCGCACCGGCUGCGGAGGAGGGUUGAGUAUGGGGUGCAGAGCAUCGGGAGCACAACGGGCUUCUCGUCGCACCUGCACAACCCCUUUGUUGCGCUCGUGCAUCCCUCGACCACCGAGUCCCACGGCGACGCAUGGGGGUUCUCGCUCGUGUACUCGGGAUCCUUCACCAUGGCCGUGGAAAAGGCCUCGCAGGGCCUCACGCGCGUCGUGGCCGGGCCAAACACGCUCGGCUGGACGCUGAAGCCAGGCGAGAGCAUAUCCUCGCCGGAGUGCGUGGCUGUCUACUCGGCACAUGGGAUCGGGGGCAUGUCGCGCUCCCUGCAUGGCCUGUACCGGAAGCACCUGAUGAAAAGCAGUUUCGCGACGCGGGACCGCCCCGUGCUCCUGAAUAGCUGGGAGGGGAUGUACUUUGAUAUCGAUCAGGGGCGGAUGGUUCGUCUGGCGGAGGAGGCGGCGGCGUUGGGCGUGAAGCUGCUUGUUAUGGAUGAUGGCUGGUUUGGGGAGAAGUAUCCGCGGACUUCGGAUGACGCUGGACUGGGCGACUGGGUGCCGAAUCCGGUGCGGUUUCCGGAUGGAUUAGAGCCUUUGGUGGAUAAGAUCACGGCGUUGAAGGUCGCGGGUUCAUCGUCCACCCUGCGCUUCGGCAUCUGGGUUGAACCGGAGAUGGUGAAUCCCCAGUCUACCCUCUACGAGCAGCAUCCGGACUGGGUCCUGCACGCAGGCUCGUACCCGCGAACGCAGCAGCGGAACCAGCUUGUUCUGAAUCUCGGUCUGGAAUGCGUGCAGGAGUUCAUCAUCGACGCCAUUACCACCCUUCUAUCCACCGCCAACGGCGCCAUCACCUACGUCAAAUGGGACCACAACCGCGGCCUCGCGGAGACGCCCGCCCCCAGCGCGAACUAUGCCUACAUCCUGGGCAUGUACCGCGUCUUCGACGUGCUGACGACCCGCUUCCCGGAUGUGCUGUGGGAGGGCUGCGCGUCUGGCGGCGGGCGCUACGACCCGGGCAUCUUGCAGUAUUUCCCGCAGGUGUGGGCGUCGGAUGAUAGUGAUGCGGUCGAGCGCAUCUUCAUCCAGUUUGGCAGCUCCCUUGUGUACCCGCCCAGCAGUAUGGGCGGCCAUAUCUCGUCGGUUCCGAACCAUCAGACGGGGCGCAGCACGCCGUUGACGUUCCGCGCUCACGUCGCGAUGAUGUGCGGCUCGUUCGGGCUGGAAUUGAAUCCGUCUGAUUUGAGUUUGUCCGAGAGAGAGGCGAUUCCGGGGUUGAUUGCGCUCGCGGAGAAGGUCAAUCCGAUUGUUCUGCAGGGCGAUAUGUGGCGGUUGAAUCUCCCCGAGGAGUCGAACUGGCCGGCUGCGCUGUUUAUUUCUGAAAGCAGGGGUAGUGCGGUGCUGUUCGUCUUCCAGCUUGCGCCGUGGGUGAACCAUGCGUUGCCGCGGGUCAGAUUGCAGGGGCUGGACGGUAAGGCGAUGUAUCGGGUUGAUGGGGAGGGGCCGUAUGCCGGGAGCAUGUUGAUGAAUCUGGGGGUGCAGUAUUCGUUUCGGGGGGAUUAUGGCAGUCGGGUUGUUUUUCUGGAGAGGGUGAGCGCUUGA